GCCAAGCGCGAGAGGGAGUCGGAGAGCUCAGCGGGCCGGACGCGCGUUUUGGAGCGGAGCGCGGGAGAAACCCCCACCCCCACCACCCCCGAGGAAGGACGGGGACGCGCCUCGGGGAAAGGAAGAGAAGGGAAGGGAAAUUGGGGGGGUGAGUCGACGUCGGGAGCGCGCCGCGAGCAAGGCCAGCCUAAGACGCGUCGCGGGAGCGAGGAUCCGAGUUUGGGACUUUGGGAAGGGGCGUCUUUGAGGAGGGGUGCCACGAGGAAACCGGGUCAAUGUGGGGACCUUGGGGACCCCCGGCUGGAGAUCGAGCUCGAUGGACGGGACUAUCAAGGAGGCUCUGUCAGUGGUGAGUGAAGAUCAAUCCCUCUUUGAUUCUACCUACGGAGCUGGUGCUCACCUUUCCAAAGCAGACAUGACAGCCUCAGGAAACCCGGAUUAUGGUCAACCACACAAGAUCAACCCUUUACCUCCCCAGCAAGAGUGGAUCAAUCAGCCAGUCCGCGUCAAUGUUAAGAGGGAAUACGAUCAUGUGAACGGAUCCAGGGAAUCUCCUGUGGAUUGCAGUGUUAGCAAAUGCAACAAACUCGUUGGUGCUGGUCCAGAAUCCAACCCUUUGAAUUAUGGCACCUACAUAGAUGAGAAGAAUGGACCUCCCCCUCCCAAUAUGACCACCAAUGAAAGAAGAGUCAUUGUUCCAGCAGAUCCCACCUUAUGGAGCCAGGAUCACGUGCGUCAAUGGCUAGACUGGGCUAUUAAAGAAUAUGGCUUAAUGGAAAUUGAUACCAGCCUCUUCCAGAACAUGGACGGCAAAGAACUGUGCAAGAUGAACAAGGAGGAUUUCCUCCGGGUCACUUCCCUCUACAACACAGAAGUCCUGCUGUCUCAUCUCAGUUACCUCAGGGAAAGUAGUUCCUUGCUGUCUUACAACACACCAGCCCAUACAGAUCCAUCCCCUCGCAUCAAUACCAAAGAAGAUAACUCCUAUGAUGCUGUUCGAAGAUCAGGAUGGGGUAAUAAUCUGAAUUCCAGCCACAAUAAAAGUCCUCCUCUAGGAGGGACACAAAAUGUAAGCAAAAACGGAGAACAACAAAGACCCCAGCCAGAUCCAUAUCAGAUCUUAGGGCCCACCAGUAGCCGUUUAGCCAAUCCAGGGAGUGGACAGAUCCAACUGUGGCAAUUCCUCCUUGAGUUGUUGUCAGACAGUUCCAAUGCUAGCUGUAUUACAUGGGAAGGAACCAAUGGGGAGUUCAAGAUGACUGACCCUGAUGAGGUGGCCAGGCGCUGGGGAGAACGCAAAAGCAAACCCAACAUGAAUUACGACAAGUUAAGUCGAGCCCUCCGGUAUUACUAUGACAAGAACAUUAUGACCAAGGUGCACGGCAAGAGAUACGCUUACAAAUUUGACUUUCACGGCAUUGCGCAAGCACUUCAGCCCCACCCGACUGAAUCGUCAAUGUAUAAAUACCCUUCGGAUCUCUCCUAUAUGCCUUCGUACCACGCGCACCAGCAGAAAAUGAACUUCGUCCCGCCCCAUCCAUCCUCCAUGCCCGUCACUUCCUCUAGUUUCUUUGGGGCGGCAUCACCCUACUGGACUUCUCCUACUGGAAGUAUUUAUCCAAAUCCCAAUGUACCCCGCCAUGCUAAUUCUCACAUGCCCUCACACCUAGGCAGCUACUACUAAAUGCUUUUUGUCUUUGCUGCCCUUUCUCGUUUCGAUUGGAUGUUUUCUUCCAUUCAUGGAAAUCUUGGGACUCUUUUUUUGAUACUGUUGGGGAGAAAGCUUUUUUUUAAAAAAAAAAACCUGGAUAUUAAUAUUGUUAUUUUUUAUGGUUAUUUUUAUUGGAAUAAACCUUUUUAUUUUUCUAAUUCUGCUUCCUCUGUCUCGGGGGAGCAGAUGGGUUCUCCAUGGGCCAGUAUCCUGCCUUUCCUUUUGGUUCAAAGCCUUUUCUCAUUUUUAGGACAACAAUUGUGCAGUGAGUUAUCACUCAAGAACCAUAGACGAAGUAUUGUCAAAUCAAAAGCUUUUUGCAAAAAAAGAAAGAUCAAAACCGAUAUCUCUUAGGACAUGAAUGUUUCUUCCUAACUAAUGGGGAAUCAUGGUGGGGUGGUUUUUUUCCAGUUUUGAGAUGUGCUGAAGAAAAUUCGCAAAUUUUGAGGACCUGGUUUGCAGAUAAUCAACUGGAAUUUUAGCUUUAAGGCCAAAUGAAGGCUUGGGUUUUUUUUCACUCAACUGGAAAAAAAGAGAAUGAAAUAUAAGUAAAUAUGUAUAUUUUAAAGCAACUAAGGGCAUUGAAAGGACUUUAUAAGAAUGUGCAUUAAGUUACGUGGUUUUGGUUAAUAACUCUGGAAGCAUAAGGCACCAGGAAAAAAGAAAACAGGACAUUAUAAUGCAUUGAGAACAGAUAUUCUUAAGAAUGCAAAAUGGAACUAAUAUAAAAUGACAGCAACUCUACCAGCUUCAACAAAGUUUGGGGAAUUGCAAAAUAAACAUUACCGAUUCACAAACGCUGUGCGUUUGUCAGUCUGCUACCGAAGAGGUCAACAAAGUCAGAGGGCAAUUUACUGUAUAAAUUAUGCAGAGUUAUGUUUUUAACCUAUAUCUCACAGUAUUGAUGAAAACUGAAACGAGUUGACCUCGGUCACAAAUGCAGUUGUGGUUGUUGUUUUUUUUACUAUCAAAUCCAUUUUUGUACAUCUUUUUAAUCUGUACAUUUGGGUUGCAGCUUUGUUUUGUUAUUAUUAUUUUUUGUUUUGCUAAAAAAAAUAAACUUAAAAAAAGAAACACAUGUAAUGUGUCUGUUGGAAAACUAGGGAUCCCAUUUGGAAACAAACUGAUGGUUAUAUCCAGAAACUUGGAAUAAAAAUUUAUUACAAAGCUGUAUUGGUUUUAUAUUGAUUAACUGAUACAAAUAUCUCCAAAGAAAUCUGGUAAUUGAAUCUUGAGAAGAGGAUUCAAAAUACAACUCAACGUUCUGUUUUCAAACUACUCUGGAAGAGAAUAAAUACUUGUUUGAACCACAAGUCUAUAAUAUGUUUUCAGUUACUCCAGGUAAUCAAAAUAGCAUCUUGGUUACCUUUUCAAUUACUUUAAUUGUUAUUUUUGACCGCAUAUUUGAGAAUGAAUCCAGAAAUAUGUAAAAGAAGAAAAAGUGUUGGGUAUUGCAAAGCCUAAGAGAGAAUUAGUAUUAGAUGCAUUAUGGACUCUAAAAUGCUCUCAGAAUCUUAAAUUGUAGGAACUUUCCUGGAAGAUCUGCAAUGAUCCAUAAAUACACCUGACAAGAAGGAAAAAUUAGAACUGUUUAGAGAGUUUGGGGAUCCAACUGAGAUGGAGAAGAAAAUUAGUCUUUACCACAGUCAAAAUUAGGACCUUCAGUAUGCUGAUUCCCCAUAUAAUCAUAGCAUAGUAAGUCUUUCCCAAGUGAUGCCUUAUAAUCUGGGUAUGUAAUUUUAAAAAGCAGGACUAGUACAAUAGAAAUAAAAGUUUUAUGAUGCUAAAUACAUUGUCUUGAACACUUCC